CGCCUGCCGACCGCCCUUCGCGGGGCUUUCCUGCCCCUCGGCGGCCGCUUCCACCUUGGAGGUGCCUUCCCUCCGCAUGCACGGGUCCCCCGCUGCGUGCCGGCGCCGUGCUGCCGUGGAAGACGGUUGCCGUGCGUAGAGCCAGGCGCUGCACCCAGCCCUGUUAGGGUUAGUCUGUCCCCACUGCAAACCUGUGGGGUAGGUGCUGUUACCACCGUCAAACAAAAGGAAAACCUGAGGCCUAGAGAAGUUAAAUAACUUGGCCCGGACCACACAGCUAGGAAGUCUGUGUUCAGGGACCCAUGUGUGGUGGGGGAAACAGACACGUACGCUGGUAAUAACAGUGCAGAACAGAAAGAGGUAAGUGCCUGCACAGGGCCAGAGGAAGGAGUGGGAAGGGCAGCCUCUGUCUGCCCCAGCCCUUCCAGGCGGUGUUCUGUGCCCUGUGCUGACCGGGGCUUCCAGGGAAGGCUAGGAUUUCAGCGGCUGAAGUACAGAGCUUUGCAGGUAGGAGGACGCUUGGGCAAAGGCACAGAGCUCAGAGAGGGCAGUAUGUGCCCAGGGACAGAAGAGAGCCCUGCGUCCCUGGAAGAGAUGGUUGGGUAGGGAGGUUGUGGGAGAUAAAGCUGCAGAGAGAGCUGGAAGGGGGUUGGUUGCCUGGGAAGAGAAUGUGGGCUUCCUCCUGUAGAUGAGGCACCUUGGAGGCUUUGGAGUUCCCUUACCGUGGCUCUUCUCAAGCAGAAGUUCCUGCUUCCCUGGCAGCAGUCUGUGAGGGCAUCGUACUCUCCCACCCACCAUUUAGUAAAUGGAGCCGGCACCACCUCGCCGCACCUCAUGGCACGAAGCCUUACCUGAAGCCCCCUGCCCCGUUAAAAUAGGAAGAAAAUGUUUUUGCCUUAAUGUUCUUAAAAAAUUUUUUUAAUAGUUUUUGUAUGCCUUUUUUCAUGUAACACAAAAAUUGUAAUACACAGUCGAUACAAUUCAAGAAUGAGUAGGAUUUCUGUGGGUGAGGAGUUGGAUGAUGAAGGAGACUUCUUGAGGGACUGGCCAGAGAGGAGGAGCAGGGGAAGGGCAGGAAACGUGGAUGUUGAUGCAGGGUGGCCUUUCUAAGGCCAGAGCUGAGCCAGCUAGAGCUGAGCUGGCCAGCUCAAAGGGCCCAGCCCUGUGUGGUAGAUAAACCCUUUGGGCUGUACCACCCGCACCUUGAGAGCAGGAGCGCCACCCACAUGCAGUUUUCCCUCACAACAGCCCUCUCCCUAGCCAGAACCUCCUCACCCUUUGAGAUCCAUCUAAAGCCCUGGCUUCUUCAUGUCAGAAGUCCUCUGGUCCUCCUUCCCUCCAAGCACUCUCAUGCAUUGUCCUUGGCAGUUUAUUCUGAUUCUGUCAAACUCAUUUUGUUACCAUUUUUCGGGAUAUCCACCAGUGAUUUUCUCUAAAUGAUUCACACUAGUUGCUAAUAGUCACUUUUUUUAUUUUAUAAAUAGUCACCAACCAUUUGUUUAGGCAUAAUUUCCAGAGUUUUGUAUUAGGUAAGUGUUCAGCUGCUAACCGGAAGGUUGGCAGUUUGAAUCCACCAGCCACUCCUUGGAAACCCUGUGGGACAGUUCUGCUCUGUCCCGUAGGGUCUUUGUGAGUCAGAAUCAACUCAGUGGCAAUGGGUCUAGAUCCUUAAUUAUUGACAGAAGGAAGCAUAGAUACCAGGGUCUUCUCUCUGACCCUUAGGUUCAACCUUCAGACUUGGAAGGGUCAAGUUAUUGGCUCCCCCACCCAGAGCAAAGCACACCCUUCCUUUGGAUGCCUGAAGCUCUCAUCUGAGUCACUGUGACCACCCCCAACAGCAGGAUGGCUCUGCCCAGGGGGCUCCACAUGUCUGAUGACUUGUGCUGUGUGAAAGCCCAGCUUUGUAGCUUGUGUCUGGUGUUCCUGACCAGACUCUAGGAUUUCUCCAUGGACAAUGGCAGCCACAAUCCAGGCCAUGGAGAGGAAGAUUGAAUCGCAGGCUGCUCGCUUGCUUUCCCUUGAAGGCCGGACUGGGAUGGCAGAGAAGAAGCUGGCUGACUGCGAGAAGACGGCCGUGGAGUUCGGGAACCAGCUGGAGGGCAAGUGGGCAAUGCUGGGGACGCUCCUGCAGGAGUACGGGCUGCUGCAGAGGCGGCUGGAGAACAUGGAGAACCUGCUACGCAACAGAAACUUCUGGAUCCUGCGGCUGCCCCCGGGCAGCAAGGGCGAAGUGCCCAAGGUGCCCGUGACCUUUGAUGAUGUGGCCGUGUAUUUCUCUGAGCAGGAGUGGGGGAAGCUGGACGAGUGGCAGAAGGAGCUCUACAAGCACGUGAUGAGGGGCAACUAUGAGACGCUGGUCUCCCUGGACUAUGCUAUAUCCAAGCCCGAGGUCCUCUCCCAAAUCGAGCAAGGGAAGGAACCAUGCAGCUGGCGCCGUGCUGGCCCCAAGAUUCCAGAUGUCCCUGUGGACCCUAGUCCAGGCUCUGGGCCCCCUGUUCCUGCUCCUGACCUCUUGAUGCAGAUCAAGCAGGAGGGUGAGCUCCAGCUCCAGGAGCAACAGGCUCUAGGGGUGGAGGCCUGGGCAGCUGGGCAGCCAGACAUCGGGGAGGAGCCCUGGGGCCUGAGCCAGCUGGACUCGGGAGCAGGAGACCUCUCAACGGACACUACCCCCAGCGUCCAUUCCAGCUUUUCCACCACUAUCCCGCCUAGCUCCUGGCAGGCAGACCUCCCUCCCCACCAUCCUUCCUCCGCCUGUUCAGAUGGGACUCUGAAGCUCAACACUGCAGCCUCCACGGAAGCAGACGUAAAAAUUGUGAUAAAAACAGAGGUCCAGGAGGAGGAGGUGGUCGCCACGCCAGUGCACCCUACUGACCUGGAGGCCCAUGGAACCCUGUUUGGACCAGGCCAGGCCACGAGGUUCUUCCCCAGCCCUGUCCAGGAGGGGGCCUGGGAGAGCCAGGGCAGCUCAUUUCCCAGCCAGGACCCUGUGCUGGGGCUGAGGGAGCCGGAUCGGCCAGAGCGGGAUGUCCGGGAGCUGAGCCCCGCUGUGGCCCAGGAGGAAGCCCCCGUCGGGGACUGGCUCCUCAGUGGGGUCCGGUGGGGCUGGAACUUCAGGUGCAAACCUUCUGUGGGCCUGAACCCAAGGGCUGGGCCUGAGGGGCUCCCUUACCAGUCGCCAGACAGUGGGGAGGCUGUCCUGGACCCUGGCCAGGCUCCGAGACCCUUCAGUGAGCCCUGUAAGUACCCGGGCUGGACAAAGGGCUUCAGCCACAAGGCGGGGCUGAAGAAGCACCCAGCAGCUCCUCCCGGGGUCCGACCCUUCACGUGCGCCACAUGUGGGAAGAGCUUCCAGCUGCAGGUCAGCCUCGCUGCCCACCAGCGCAGCUGUGGGCUGCCCAAUGGGGCGGGCGCGGGCACAGGCACGGCUGGCACCACAGGCGCGGCGGGCAGCGGUGCGCGCGGGGACGGGAGCGCGCUGCGUUGUGGGGAGUGUGGGCGCUGCUUCACGCGGCCAGCCCACCUCAUCCGACACCGCAUGCUGCACACGGGCGAGCGGCCGUUCCCCUGCACCGAGUGCGAGAAGCGCUUCACAGAGCGCUCCAAACUCAUCGACCACUACCGGACGCACACGGGCGUGCGGCCCUUCGCCUGCACCGUCUGCGGCAAGAGCUUCAUCCGCAAGGACCACCUGCGCAAGCACCAGCGCAACCAUGCUGCGGGCGCUAAGGGGUCGGCCCGAGGUCAGCCGCUCCCGCCCCUUCCGCCUGCGCCCCCGGACCCUUUCAAGAGUCCUGGCUCCAAAGGGCCAGGGGCCACUACAGACCUGGUGACGGACUGGACUUGUGGCCUCAGCGUCCUGGGUCCCGCUGACGGCAGUAACCUUUGAAGCCCCACCAAGGCAAGCGGCCCCUGGGGCUUCCGCAGGCGCACAAGCUUGAAAGGAUCGUCUCCGGGCGCCAGGGAGAGACCCAGAGCGCACAGACAGAGAUGGAGACCGGAAGAACCAAGCGCAGGCGUGGCUGGGCGCUGAUCGCGGAGAAGGAGAAACCAUCCAACAGUACAGCUUUCACCUAUAAACAAAGCAGAGUUCUCUGGUUGUGAAACUGAGUACCAUAGAAUUUUAAGUAAUUUAAUUAUGAAACUUUUUUAAUUCUGAGGACAAAGCUGGAAGAUAGUAGUAGCACCAGUUUAAAUUUUGUAGCAUACUUUUGGUUUUUGAAGCAUGUGUUUGUGUCUGCUGGGUCCUCACCAAGUCUGGCAGUGAGUUGAGUGUUGGGGUGGCUACCAGGUGACUCCCUGGAGUGGGGUAUCACACCAUGCCAGGGUAGGCUGGUCCAGGCCUGGGGCUCCGAGCCUCUGGGAAGUGAGGACAGCUGGGUUCCAGGGGGCCCCACCCUCGUCUCAGUGGGGAGAAAGACGUCCCUGAAGUAGCCUGUCUGUUUCCCAGCUUCCCUCUCUGUCUGAAAAGGCUGGUCCUGUUUGUGUUGUCCCUGUCACGGCUGCCUGCCGUUCCUACCAGAAGGGAGCUUGUCCAUGCCGCCUUUUCCCUAACUCCUGGACCUCCUGAGGAGAGCGGUCUGAAAACAUGGCUUUGGGUCUGGAGAGGGGGAAACAGGCUGGGGGCUUGGGCCCAACACACCGCCCACCCCUGGCAGAGCCCAAAGGAAGCAGGGCAUACUGCCUGCACGAGGCAGCCCUCCACUCCAGUAAGAGGCUCUGCUUAUCUUGCCUCUUUGUGUAAUGUUUGUUUUGUUUUGUUUUGUUUUCAAAAUGCUUUCACAUUGCAUUUCAUUGGUCAUUAUCGUGACUUUGUGCAGCAGACAGGCCAGGUGUGAUUUAUUUUUAGAGCUGAGGAAAUAAGUUGCUCAAAGAGCACACAUCUUAGGUCCUCACUGGGUACGUUGUGGUGUGCCACAAGGUGUGAGAGCCACAGGGUAGACAUGGCCCAUGGUCCUGGGACAUCAGCUUGGGGGAGAAGGGUUUUAACGUUGGCCUUUUAAAAGACCUGUUCCCGCACCUGCAUGGGUGAGAUCAUCAGGCCCGCAGGUACCACGUCUCUGAACACCUGCCCUUGGUGUGUGUGUGAGCUCGCUCUCUGGUCAGGGGCACUUGGGAGGCAAAGCCUGAGAAGCUAGGGAAGGGUAAGUGGCUUGCUCAUUCCCUGUGUCUUAACAUCUUCAUGGUGGAAAUAGAAACGGACCCAGUUUUCUUGAUUCUACCAUAGUGCUGUCUUGACCACGUGAAUAUCCAGUCUCGUUUUGUUGAAGCAGCCACUGGUUCUCUUACCCAAAAUGGGUACCUUGGUUCCCCUGCCGGAGGGAGAGACCAGAUAUUUCAUUCAUUCAGCAACCUCAUGCGUACUUUUAUUAGGCAAUAGACUAGUUAAGAAAACUGUUUCUUUGUACUGUAUAUUUUGUACCUGUUUACACUUCUAAUAUUGAUAUAACUGAUAUUUUGAAAAACAAAUGAACAGAAAACAUCCUGUUAAAAUAAAAUCUAACCAGCACCAAGGCGGUUUGGUGGGUUCCAUUCUUAGAGCUGUGUCUUUGGCACUGAAGCUUCUGACCACACCCCUAAGGGAGCUGUGUGGUCAGCUUCCUCAGCACUGUUCUUCUGUACUCGGUCACCUUGCACCCAGACAGGUGCCUGUCCCUGAGAACUCAAAAUGGAAGAAUUCCAGAGAAGUUAGACUUGGUGAAGAUAAACUGACAUUUGGAGGGAAAUCAAAACACGUCAGGUCACUUUGUUUCAGAAUAUAAACGUGUUUUUGUAAUUUUGUUUUAUAUAAUUUGGUAUGAUGGCCAUAAAGAUAGAAAAGUCUGGGAGGAAAGUUGCAAAAUGUCGAAGAACAUUGUACAUUGUCUGAUUUCUCCUUGAAACUUUUUCUUAUCGUGCAGGAGGUGAUGGAAGAGUUGAUGAUGCCUGUAGUUGUUGAGAUGCCUGAACUUGGAGCAAAGUCCAUCUGAUGUCUGAGUGUAGUGGAAGUGAACUGGGAUUGGAGGUGUCCUAGGUCUGAGCUCUGGUCCCAUAACUUGCUAGCUGUGUGACCUGGGGCAAGGGACCACUUCUGGUCAGCUGUACUAACGUACGUAAUGAGGGUAUUGCAUUCUGUGACCCUAAAGAUCCUAGUUCUGUGGCUCUGAAGCCUGUGGUCCUGGGACAGAGCACCAUGUACAACUACACCUCAUCUCAGGAAGGGCAUGCGUGUCAAGCUGUGGAGAAGGGCCAGGAACAUAACUGGCUGGUGCCUCACAUCUAAAUUUAAAAGAAAGAAGGGGGACAGAGAGGGGUAUUUUCGAAAAAUGCAGGUGAGAUGCCUUCUGAGAGCCUGGCAAGAUGUGGUCUCGAGGAGCCUUAUACCUUUUCAGCACAGAGUAUGGUAGUUCUCUGGCCUCCUGAACUGGAGACAUCUAGUUUAGCCUCUCUCCAGCCUGUUCCUCACAGCUACUGAAGUUAUCUGCAAAACAUAAAUUUAAUCAUGUCCUCUGCUUCACAAACAACUCUGCCCUUUGGGCAACUCAUUGUCCAAACUGGUCUGCAGCCUCAGCCUCUACCACAGCCUCUUUGAGGUGGGAAACUGCUCUCAGAGUCUCAGGGCCUCUGCACAGGAGGCCAGUCUGACUUUCCACCUGAUGAGGACCUUCCCACAGCACUUGGGACUCACUGCUAAUGCUGUAUUUAACUCCACUGUACCAUAACCACUUGUGGUGUGUGUGUGAGCAAGCUUGACCUCAGCAGGUGGCCUGGCCCUAACCUGUGACAAGACUUCACAGGCCUGAGAAAUUACCUGGUAAAAGUGUCUGGCUAGUAGAUAUAAUAAAGAAAUGGCCAAGAAAAGGCAAUUGACAAUGCCCAAGUAGCAGAAAGCAAUCCUCUUAGCUUCCUGUCUGGUCCAGGAAGUUGAAUGCCUGGGGUGAGGGUGGGAGGAGCCACAACUACGCUUGCAGGGCCACUCAGGGAACUUUGGGGCUUCAUGCUACCAGAUUUGGUACUGUUUUCUCAUUCUUUAAAAAAAAAAAAAGAUUUUCUCAGAUGGAAAAGCACUGUCAAAGGCCAUGGAGCUUGAAGAGUUGGGACACCCACUCAGUGGUAAUUUUCUGAGCACCAGCAGGGAACAGUCACACAUGGUCUUUGCUCCUUAUGAGGCUUCUAAAAGGCAGCUGGGGAGUCAAGUGCUGGCUAUGUAAUUAAUUUUUUUAGUUUAUUUUAAAAUCAUUUUGAAAAAAAUUUAAAUGUAAUAUGAUGCAAAGAAUAAUCCAUCUAUUCAAUAAAUAUUUAUGUAACACCUAUUACAUGCCAGAGUAAUACUCAUGUUCCCGUCAACCAGAAUUAACAAUUGUUAACAUCCUAUCAGGGCUGCAAACUGGUUCUAUCCAGUUCCAACCCCUACUGAGAAUUUGCAUUUCUAACAAGUUCCUUGCUGAGAAUUUGCAUUCCUACCCAGAUAUACUGAAUCAGAAUCUACGUUUUAACAAGAUCCCCAGAUGAUUCUUAUGUUUAACUUCCUAGGAACUUGUUAGAGAUGGAAAUACAGACUUCUUGUUAGAAAUGCAAAUACAAACUUCUAUGGUUUGCUAGAAUGACUCAAAACUCAGGAAAAUGCUGUAUGUAUGACUAUAGUUUUAUUAUAGCAAAAAGGAUGCAAGAGACACGUAGGUGAGGCCUGGGAGGGUCCCCAGUGUGAAGCUGCUGUGUCCCACAAGUUGCAUUACCUUCCUGAUGGCAUUGAUGUCUAUCACCAAUGAGGAAGCUCAUCUGAGCCUCAAUGUUCAGACUUUUUCUUAGAGUU